UAUAACUUAUCUAAUAGGAUUUAAGGAAUAUUAAGAUAAGGGAUGCAAAGGACCCAGCACAGACAGAUUCACAGAGGACCUUCUUGCUGUGUGGUUAAAGUUGGAGGGAGGAAGAACCAGAGGAACGACUUCCUCAGGGAUCCUGACAAGACCAGAGACUUCACCAAGAGUGCUCAGAGCUGUACAGAGGGCUUCACACCAAUCUUGUCAUGAAACCAUCACACAAAUCCUGGGAGGUUGCUCCACUGCUAACCAACAUGGCAGAGGCCCCCGUGUCCUAUUGCACUCCGUUGUCUACAUCCUUCCCCUCUACUGCGUCAUACCACACGGGCUGGAGUAUUUUACCUGAGGAGGUCAUCAGGAAUAUUGAGAGGGCCUUGCAAAACGGAAAGUUGCUGGAAGUGAUCCCUGUGACCAGGGCAGUCAUGGAGAGAGUGUCCAGGACCCCAGUGAGCAUCGCAGUGACUGGGGAUUCAGGCAAUGGUAUGUCAUCCUUCGUCAAUGCGCUUCGAGACAUUGGUCAUGAGGAGGAGACCUCGGCUCCCACUGGGGUGGUGAGGACCACCCAGACCCGAGCCUGCUACUCUUCCUCCCUCUUUCCCAACGUGGUGCUGUGGGAUCUGCCUGGCAUGGGGGCCACCACCCAAAGCUUUGAGAACUAUCUGGAUGAGAUGCAGUUCAGCCAGUAUGACCUCUUCAUCAUCAUUGCAUCUGAGCAGUUCAGCAUGAAUCAUGUGAAGCUUGCUAAAACCCUUAAGGGGAUGGGAAAGAGGUUCUAUGUAGUCUGGACUAAGCUAGACAGGGACCUCAGCACAAGUGUCCUCUCACACACCCAGACCCGGAAGAAUAUCCGAGAGAAUGUCCAGGAAAAUCUCCAGUGGGAGGGCUUGCGUGACCCUUCUUUAUUUCUGGUAUCUAACCUUGACCCUUUAUUGCAUGACUUCCCUAAGCUUAGGGACACACUGCAAAAAGACCUCUCCAACAUCAGGUACCAUGCUCUAGAGGCCCUUUCCCAGAUCUGUGAGAAUAUUGUCAAUGAUAUGACUGACCUGAAAGAGAGAAUAGCCAAAGAGCGUUUUCAGGAUUUUCUUGACAUCAGGGAUGUUGAUGACUUGAGGGAGGUUCUGGAAGCCUACCGAUUGUGCUUUGGUAUAGAUGAUCAGUCACUUCAUCAGGUAGCUCAUUGUAUGGGGAAAAUGGCAAUAGAAUACAGGGCCAUCACAAAGUCCCAGGAUUUGCGCAGUCUCUGUAGCAGGGACUGGAAACUAAAAUCAUGACU